ACGUAAUUCGCCGACCUCGCCUGUUCAAAAAGUAACAGCAAAUAAAAUGGCGUCGGAAAUCAGCUGUGAAAGCCAAGAUGAGAAAUCUGCUCUCAUCGGGGAAGACGCAAAACAGCAGCGUGGAACCGAAUCGAAGCUGAAGCUUUAUCACUGGACGCAGUCUUUCAAUUCGCAGAAGGUGCGUUUGGCCAUAGCGGAGAAAGGUCUGCAGUGUGAGGAGUAUGACGUGAGUCUACCGCUCAGUGAACACAACGAGCCAUGGUUCAUGCGCCUGAAUCCGGCUGGUGAGGUACCGGUUCUGGUCCACCGUGACAACGUCAUAUGUGACCCAGCGCAGAUCAUGGACUACCUGGAGCAGAACUUCAAUGAUGAAGGUUCUCCCAAGCUGGUGCCUGCGGAAGGAAGUACAUACUACCACAGAGUGCAGCACUACAGGGAGCUGCUGGACUCACUACAGAUGGACGCCUACACGCACGGCUGCAUCCUCCACCCUGAGAUCACCGUGGACUCCCACAUACCGGCGUAUGCUGCCACGUGCAUUCAAACACAGAUCGGGAACACAGAGUCGGAGCUGAAGAAACUGGCUGAGCAGAAUCCGGAGCUUAAAGAUGCUUACGUAGCGAAACAGAGGCGCCUGAAGUCCAAGUUGUUUGACCACGACAACAUAAAGUACCUGAAAAAGCUUCUGGAUGAGCUGGAGAAUGUGAUGGACCAGGUAGAAACAGAACUGCAGAGGAGAGUGGAGGAAACACCAGAAGAAGGCGGUCAGUCCUGGCUGUGCGGGGACUUCUUCAGCAUGGCCGACGUCUCGCUGGCCGUCGUCCUCCACCGCCUCAAGUUCCUCGGCCUCUCCCGCCGCUACUGGGGCGACGGUAACCGCGGCAACCUGGGGGCGUACUACGAGCGCGUGGUGGAGCGGCCGGCCUUCCGGAGGGUCCUGGGCCACGUCAACAACAUCCUGAUCUCGGCCGUGCUGCCCGUGGCGUUCCGCCUGGCCAGGAGGAAGGCGCCGGCGCUCGCCGGGGCCACUCUGCUGAUCGGCGUCCUGGGAGGAGCCACGUACCUCGGCUUCCUGUUCGUGAAGAGGAGGAUGACGGCCGUUGGCUGAGCGAGGGGGAAGCGGCGGCGUGGGACGGGAUCGGCCCGGGGUGCCCACUGUACACGCAAGCAAAGCUAAACUGACAGCAGUGGCACGUACAGGACAGUAAUUGAAGCAGAUCUUAGUUGUUUUCGUUUACUGGUAGCACAAAAACGCACUUUUGUCCGCGCACAAUAAACGACUGCUGCAUUAUUUACCAAAAGUCAGAUUUCACCCAUCAAAUGUUCAAAUGUUUAGUGUUUUUCCAGUUCUCUGAAUAUAUAUGAAUACAUGACUGAAGGCUUUGAGUCAUAACCUGUACUAAAAAAUAAACCAAAAGAAAACUGCCUGUCA